AUGUUUAUUCCUUUAGGAUUAAGAUUAAAGUAUUUUGUGCUUACUGUUUCUGUUUUAAUAGUAGCAAUUAUUUUACAAAAAUAUUAUUUUAAAUAUACUUUAUUUCCAAAAGUAAAAACAUUGAAAAAGGGAGUUUAUUUUAAUGAAGAUUUAGCAGUCGAAGGCAAACUUUAUUUAGCAAUACUUGGUAGUAUUUAUGACGUUACUGAAGGCAAAAAGCACUAUGCGAAAGGUUCACCAUACAACUAUUUUGUUGGUAAAGAUGGGUCAAGAGCAUUAGUUACUGGAAAAUUUAAUGAUGAAAGUAGUGAUAAAGAUCAUGUAUUAGAUCUUUCUUGUAAUGAAUUAAUGACAAUAUUACAUUGGCGAGGCACAUUUAAAAAAAAAUAUGCAUAUGUAGGUGUGCUAGUAGGAAGAUAUUAUGAUGACAAUGGUGCUGAAACUUCAUAUAUGAUUGAAUUCAAACAAAAAAUAAAACAAUGUAAACUAGAACAGGAAGAAAUUAAGAAACAAGAGCAAUUAUAUCCACCUUGCAACAUAGCUUGGAGCGAGGAUAAAGGCACUACUCGUGUAUGGUGUACAAAAUCAAGUGGAGGAAUUGUAAGAAACUGGGAGGGAGUGCCACGAGAACUAUAUACACCUGGUGAAGAUAAGCCCCGCUGCGCCUGUGUAAAUCUCCGAAACACAAGCACAAGUAUGCUAAAAGAAUAUCCUGGAUGUUUGAAAACAUCAACAGAGUGUAUUUUGGCAGAU